AUGGCAGAAAGUCUACUGCCUACCUUCUUCGGCACACCCGCCGGAUCACUCAAGCCAAGUAACGAAGAACUUCUCAAGCGUGCUUGGGCACGUCUUGAGGAGAUGGAUAAGCUGCUGCUUCUCAUGGCACAGCGCUGCAUCGUUCUCCGCAAGGCCAUCCAGGAAGUCAAGGACAAACUCCAGGCCAACCAAAAUCGCUCCAUAACUCGCAUUGCGAGUCGGACUUGGUCUUCGGACCUGUUCGUUCCUUCGCAUACUUUGCGCGCUGCCUUCACCUCAAGAGAGAUGUUCGAGUCGGCUCUGACCACUGUCAGCUUCGCCUUCGUUGAUCAUCACGAGUACUUCGACUUUGAUGUGCUCGGGCUCUGUUUCUGUCCCUCCGACCAGAUCCUCGAUGAUCUCGAAUACCACACCUGGGGGCUCAUAUCUGCAGGUCAUGACCAUAUCGUUCGGAACGGAGUGCGCCUAGCACCCCAGUCCUGGUAUAGGAGCGAGUCCGUCCAUCUUUUCGAGCUCUUUCGUGAACACGGUUGUCCACAGCGCCGAAAGUUUUAUGGAGAUUUCAAGGUCUACGGGCGAGAGAAGUCUCUCAAUCGUCGCAUACUUGGAUGGACUCCACGCAUGGGACAGCACCAGGACAGCCUGUUACUUAUGGAGAAGUCGCGCGCCCAAUCGAGGGAAGGAACGAAACAGACCAUUGCGUCACACGUUAUCAACGCAGCACUGCCUAUACUCCAUAUUCACUUCACGGUAGGAGAGCUUGCACGACUUGACCGUUCCAAGAUGGUGUCGAACCAGUUUUGCGCCAUACAACUUGCUCUGAUCGUCGCCGAGUAUGUACUCAACGGACUCCGACAUCGGACUUGGAAGAGGAUGGAUCUGCUGCUUUUGGGCAUAGCUUGGCAGGACAUGGCGAUAUAUACCACUUCCAAAGGGUCUCCAGUAUGGUCCUUAGUCUUCUCGAUCAUCAUAGCGGCAGUUGGUGUUGCUCCAAUCUCACUGCCAGGCCCUGCUGUGACAUCAAGUCCGCCACUGAGUGGACUAUCAAAACCAGACUUGCUGCGUCACGGUUCAUCAGAGCCAGGACCUUCGAUGCGUCACUUUGGUUCAUCAGAGCCAGGACCUUCGAUGCGUCACUUUCACAUCUUCAGCGUAUCCUUGUUGUUAGCUCACUUACUUUAUGACUACCCGGUAUUGUCAUCUUGGCUUCUGAGAUGUAGCCCAUGGAUGGGGUCGUACUCAUACCUUUGGAUCCUUAUCGUACUGUUCCUUCUCCACGGUGGUGUACAACAUUGGUACCAAACACAACAACAAGAUCAGCCUUUCUUGCAACAUGUACGGACAUUUGUCUCCCGGCUUCACACAUCAGCACCAAAAAUGCUGCGAUGCGAUGUCAUGUGGCCAUUGGUCGCUGUAGUAUUUCACCUGCUUCUCUUCUUUGCGACCAAUUAUCUGACGUCAUGCCUUGGUUUUCGAAAUCUGCUACUAAGGCUUCCACGAUCCACGCCACGACUGUGGGAUGGAGGAAUCUUUGGAGGAUUUGUCUAUUGGAUCUUGGCUGCCACUCAUUUGAUCUGGCAAGGAGAAAAGACCAAGGCUGAUAAGCCAGGUGGAAGGUAUUAUUUCGCUCUGUCUCUCGCUAUAGCUUUUGCGCAGACCAUCACUGCCCUUACUACUAUCGCAGGCGUCAUGUACAUGCUAUCUGCCUCUUCCCCUGAGCGCGUCUAUACUGAAACCCUCCGCGAAGAUCUCCACCAUGUUCAAGCAUUCCUUCUGCUCGACCGCAGCCGCAACACCCUUGCUCAGCUCGCCAACAUCCGCCGCAUGCACCGCGUCAAAGCAGGAGUCAACCGCCACCUCGACAGUAUGGAGGACUUGGUUGAAGAAUUCGGCUCGCUACCUCUUUGCCUCCGCGACGAGUACCUGGUUCGCGCCAUCGACAACGCACUCGACAACAGUCUUGCGCUGCACCUCCGAGUCAAGGCAUGGAAUUUUGAGGAGGGAGAGGUUGUAGCAGGAGAUGUGGUCAAGGGCGCUGAGGAUUACCUCAAGAAGUGUGUGGAAGUUGUGGACGACAUCCGCGAGGCUAUCAUGAACAGGCUGAUGAGCAGGCUGGUAAGCAGAGAGAAGAUGGUGAGGAGACCGGAGACGAGGAAAUGUACGAGCACGAGAACGAGGAACACGAGGAUGUCUGAGCAGGGGCAAGGCCAGAGGCUGGGGAACUGUUUUGGGAGUAUGUGGAUGCAAAGCAGAUCGUCAAACGCGAAUCCUGCCAUCAAAUCGCACCAACCUUUUGUCAUGGUAUGGCUAUUCCAUUGA